CAAACGCUCUCGGUUUUCUUAACCUUCUUGCCUCGUUCGCGAUUGCAAACGAAAGGUUAUAUUCACGCAUUCUCUGAGCAGUAUCGCCUGCUUUGUUCGACUCGACGGCACGUGUAUUAAGCAAAUUAAUUAAACCAUCAUCAGUUUAUAAUGACCAACUCAAAGGGUUACCGGCGUGGGACAAGAGACUUGUUCUCCCGUAAAUUCCGGAAACAUGGAACUAUUCCUUUGUCGACAUAUAUGAAAGUAUACAAAGUUGGGGACGUAGUAGAUAUAAAGGGCAACGGAGCGGUACAGAAGGGGAUGCCUUACAAAGUCUACCAUGGAAAGACUGGACGCGUCUUCAAUGUAACUCCUCACGCUCUCGGAGUAAUCGUUAACAAAAGAGUACGUGGACGCAUCGUUGCCAAGCGCAUCAACGUCAGAAUCGAACAUUUGACUCACUCCAAAUGUCGAGAAGAUUUCCUUAAACGAGUCAAGGAAAAUGAGAGGCUAAGAAAGGAAGCUAAGGAAAAGAACGUUCGCGUUCAGCUUAAGAGACAACCCGAACAACCAUCCUCCGCUCACAUUGUAUCCGGACGAGAGGAACCGAUCCUUUUGGCGCCUAUACCUUAUGAAUUUAUCGCUUAAACGUUAAAUACACUUGGCUCUUCGGCUUGACUCGGAAAAA